AGAUGAAAAGCACUGGGCAGAUCAUGCGAGUUCGCACGCGUGGGGAAAGGUUUUUAAUGUUUCGUGAGGCAAGUUUGCGUUGCAAAUCCCGCUUAUCAAAACUGGGCAGUUACAGAAAAGUGACAAGCUUCGGUGACAAGCGUCGUUCCGAUUAUCCGUGCGGUCAUUCAGCAUCUGUGUAUUCCCCCCCUCCUCAUCUCACCUCUCCAAGCACAAUACCAAGGUUGUCAGAAAAAACAAAACCUUUUUAUUUUCCUCUUUUUGACGUAACACUAACUGAAUGUUUUAUUCCUUCAACUAAUCUUUCUUGUUUUUAUAUCAAUACCACUACUAUUUUUUAUAUAUUUCUUUUAUACAAUGCCUGAAUUGUACUCCAAGGAGGUUCCAGGCACUGGCAGCGCGACCGAAACACCGACCCACCGCUUCCACAGUACAGCCGACCACAUCGUCGACUGCGCUCCCCCGGACAUCAUAAGCAUCUACGGCGCCCUCCUGCACGGCCAAAAAGUGCGUCCGACCUUCAACAUCCUGGGCAAACGCGACGUCCUCGGCACAGUGUCCGAAAACAAGGAAGUGAAGCAAAAAGUCGACGGCAAGAUGGAGACCGUGACCAAGAGCUGGAGCUACUUCAAGAUGAGCGAAUACAAGUGGAUGAACUACAACGAAACCAUUGAUUUCACCAAGGACCUCGGCGCUGGGUUCCUCAAGCUUGGCAUGAAGAAGGGAUCGAGGGUAACUAUUUACGCGCCGACUUCGCGAGAAUGGCAGCUCUGCGCAAUGGGUGCGUUCUCGCAGUCUAUGCAGAUUGUCACCGCAUACGAUACCCUGGGAGAGAGCGGUUUGUUGCAUGCGAUGAACCAGGCCAAGGUCGAGACUCUUUUCCUCAAGGCUGACCAAAUCCCCAUACUGGCGCGCAUCAUGGACGAUGUCGAGACCGUGAAGAACAUUGUUUACUACCAGGACGUCUAUGGAAUGCCCAAGGGCUGCGAGGAGGCUAUUGAGAAGGUGCGCGCAAAAUUCGCGGUUCACACCAUGAACGAGAUCUGCGAGCUGGGCAAGGCCAAUCCGGUUGAGCUCAACAUUUCAGGCGGCGACGAAAUCGCCAUGGUCAUGUACACCAGCGGCAGCACAGGCAAGCCCAAGGGUGUUCUGAUCAGCCACCAGGGCGUCAUGUCCGUGGCUGGUGGAAUCCACGUGUUCAUCUCGCCCUUCAUCGAGUACGGCAAGGACCUGAUCCUCUCGUACCUGCCCCUCUCGCACGUUCUGUCCUUCUUCGUUGACGUCUACUGCAUGUUCUCGGGGAUUGGCAUUGGCUAUGGCACGCCGCGCACGCUGACCGACGAGAGCGUGCGCGAGUGCAAGGGGGACAUCAAGGAGCUGCGGCCCAUGGUCAUGAUGGGUGUCCCGCAGGUAUGGAACACGAUCCGUGCCGGCAUGCUGAAGCAGGUGGACAAGAGCGGAUGGCUUGUGCGCAAGCUCUUUUACAGCGCUGUUGAGCUGAAGAACACGCUUCGGCACUACAACAUGCCGCACAAUUUCAUGGACGGCAUUGUAUUCAAGAAGACCAAGGACGCGACAGGCGGCAGGCUCAAGUUUGUCAUUACCGGCGGAGCCCCCGUCAACAAGAAUGUCCAGCGCCUGAUGAACGCUGCUCUGUGCCCAAUGAUCCACGGGUACGGAAUGACGGAGGCCAGCGGCCUGCUAUCUGUGCAGAUCCCCAAUGACCCGACCUUCAACAACGUCGGCUCUCCGUGCCCGUCUGUUGAAAUGAAGCUUGUCGACGUGCCCGAGGCCAAGUAUUACGCCAAGAACGGCCAAGGCGAGAUCUGGGUGCGCGGCCCGUCGAUCUUCAAGGGAUACCUCGACAACGAGGAGCUCACAAAGGAGACACUGACCGAGGACGGAUGGCUCAAAACCGGAGAUAUCGGCGAGUGGACCGCUCAGGGCCAGCUCUCUAUCAUUGACCGCAAGAAGAAUCUCGUUAAGAUGGUCACCGGCGAGUACAUUGCGCUUGAGGCACUCGAGGCCACGUACAAGAACUCGCUUUUUAUCCACAACAUUUGCAUUUUCGCUGACUCGCGCAUGUCCCAGCCUUGUGCCAUUGUCAACAUCGAUGGCUCCCAGAUUGCCAACAUUGCAGAUGAGAAUGGCGUCAACUACAACAACCCGUCGGAUAUCGCCACCAACCCCGACUUUGUGCGCGCUAUUCUGGCCGACCUCCAGCGCGUGGCCAAGCGCAAUGGCCUGAGCAAGCAGGAGACCCUCAUGGCCGUCAUCAUCGACCCUGAGCUGUGGUCGCCCGAAAACGACAUGCUCACGCCGGCCAUGAAGCUUAAGCGCAACGACAUCCGCGAUCGCAGUGGUGAUGCCCUUCAGGCAAUGUACACUAGCAUGGGCCUCGACUAACUGUUUUUUAAAUUUAAUAUUAAUAGUAAAAUGAAUUGUAAACUUUGACUUUUAUUGUCU